AUGAAUACAAUCUUGCUACUCGUCUGCAUUACUACCUGCACUCAUCUAACACUUGCACGUCCCGAUGUCAGCCUCGGUUAUGAGUAUCAGCCCGGUUAUAGCAGCUCCGGUGGUGGUUUGUUGCAGACACCACACGCACCCAGCAGCAAUUAUUUCAGCCCAGUACCGACCUUCUCUCAAAAUGUGGGGAUAGGGGGUUCUGGCGGUUCCGGUUCAGGUUCCGGCAGCUUUGGUUACAAUGGGAAUAGCGGCGGUUCUUCUUACUCCUCUGGCGGCUAUGGCGCCUUGGCUGGCAGUUUUGGUGGAGCAGGCGAUUUUGGCGGCUCAACGGGUGGUAAUGACUAUCAAGCGGGCUAUAACUCUGGCAAUAUACACUAUUCUCACCAAUCGUCGAACUUCGUUGGCCGUGCGCCGAUUGUAACCAAACACUUCUGGCUACACUCCGCACCGGAGGAUCGUGAUGAGCAACAAAUUGUGCGUUAUAUAAAUAUUGGACAGCCACGCAAGAACUAUAACGUCGUGUUCAUUAACACGCCUUCAUCUAGUGUGAAUAAGGCUAAAAUCAUAGCCAAUGUUGCGCCAGUUGAGGAUAAGACGGCUAUUUAUGUUUUGGCUAAGAAGGCGAACGCUUUGGAUGUGAGUGCUGAGGUCGCUACACCAGCGCCAGUCGUCAGCAAGCCAGAAGUGUUCUUUAUUAAGUACAAAACACCGGAAGAGGCGGUGCAUGCGCAACACACCAUUCAAGCUCAAUAUGACGCUUUGGGCGGUUCCAGCCACCAUUCCAAUGAAGGCUCUGUUCCAGUAUCGUCCGCCAUUGGCAGUUUGGGUGGCUCAGUUGGCAGUGGAGAUGAUCAUGUUGAGGACUCGCAUAUAGUGCAUGGUGGGCCAUCCAUUACCGUGGGUUCCAGUGACUCAAGCAACGGUGCAAUUCAAAAUUAUUUGCCACCAAAUCACAAGUAA